AGUAUUUAAAAAUUAUAAAUUUGAUAAAAAGAUCAACGAUAAUGAUAAUAAUUGCCUUGUCAGCAGGUAUAACGCUAAUCACAGACAGUUGAAUAAGUACGGGCCGACGCCCAUUGAAACAGACAUCACGGUCGACGAAGAUGGAUCGACAGGUUACGGAAGCGCGUUCGAAUUUGGCGGCGGCGGCGGAGGUGGUAACGUUGGGGCAUCUAGUUACGAGUCCGGAAACUACCGAAAUCCAAACAACGGAUGGUCAGGUGGAGACAGCAUGAUGGAGUGGUACGGCGAACAAAUACCACAGUCAUCGCGCCCUGUUCCCAUAAUCGCCGAAAUCCGCCAUCCUAGCAAACACAAAAUGUCGAUCGACGUGACCAAAAUCGGUCUGUUUGCGUUGGUGAAGAUCGCGAUGGCUAAGUUGAAAGCGCUGGGCUUCAUCAAGGCCUUGUUGUUAAUGUUGUUCAAACUAAAACUCCUCAUACUCGUGCUGGCCAUCAAGGCUCUGAUGUUUAUGAAAAUGGUGAAAAUGACCCUGUUCCUUCCAGCUCUCUUGUCAAUAUUUACGUGGCCGAUGAUCCUAUCGCGUCUAUGGAACCUGCACAAUAUGGGCAGCCAGCCGGUUUUAGUACCGAAUAACUUUGGCAGCAUGAGCCCAUCAGGCAAUCAGCCAGCAGGUCCAAAUGGACCUGAUGGAGGUGAUGGAGCCGAUGAUGGCGAUGAUGGGAAGAGGAUGAGGAAACGUCUAGACAAUUUCCAAGUAAUGGAAACUGGAAUGGCUAGCUUCAGACAAAUCAUGCGGUCCGAAAAGUGCGUGGAGAGGGUCUCUUGCCGUAUGGCUGGUGCAAAAAACCCGAGUUUGACACUAAUUUGGAUGAAUUGGGCUUUAUCACCUAUAUCGAACUAUUUACCAAGCAAGAAAAUAAGGUCCUUUGUUUCAACAUUUACAGAAGUAACCAAUUUUCGUUUAGAUAAUUUGUACACUAGACUGUUGCCAAGUAACUGGACGGAAUGGUGUAAUGAACAUUAUUCAUGUGAUGAAACUAAAAAAAAGUAUAAGAUAUAGGUACUAAAGUAAAAAUCUUUUUUUUAUUAAUUAUUAUUUAUUAUUUAAUAUUUAUUUUGUAUCCAUUCGAACAGUAUCAAUAAAAGGAUACAUUUAAAAACACUUUAUAUUUUGAGCUUAUUGUAUU